AAACCGGGUGUCAUCACGGGUGAUGACGUUCAGAAAGUCUUCGCAGUUGCUAAAGAGAACAUUGCGCUGCCAGCGGUAAACUGCGUGGGUACCGACUCCAUCAACGCAGUGCUGGAAGCCGCGGCUAAAGUGCGCGCGCCGGUCAUCGUUCAGUUCUCCAACGGCGGCGCCGCGUUCAUCGCCGGCAAAGGCGUGAAGACCGAUGUGCCUCAGGGCGCAGCGAUUGGCGCCAUCUCUGGCGCACACCACGUUCACCAGAUGGCUGAACACUACGGCGUGCCGGUGAUCCUGCACACCGACCACUGCGCGAAGAAACUGCUGCCAUGGCUGGACGGCCUGCUGGACGCCGGCGAGAAGCACUUCGCCGCUACCGGCAAACCGCUGUUCUCUUCCCACAUGAUCGAUCUGUCUGAAGAAUCUCUGGAAGAAAACAUCGAGAUCUGCAGCGCCUACCUGAAGCGCAUGGCCAAAAUCGGCAUGACGCUGGAAAUCGAACUGGGCUGCACCGGUGGUGAAGAAGAUGGCGUGGACAACAGCCAUAUGGACGCAUCCGCUCUGUACACCCAGCCGGAAGACGUGGCUUACGCGUACGAAAAACUGAACGCCAUUAGCCCGCGCUUCACUAUCGCUGCCUCCUGUAACGUGCACGGCGUGUAGCCAGGCAACGUCAAGCUGACCCCGACCAUCCUGCGUGAUCUCGGACUACGUGUCCAAGAAUUCAACCUGCCGCACAACAGCCUGAACUUCGUGUUCCACGGCGGUUCCGGUUCUACCGACGCAGAGAUCAAGUCUGUGGUUUACGGCGUGAUCAAGAUGAACAUCGACACCGACACCCAAUGGGCGACCUGGGACGGCAUCCUGCAGUACUACAAGCGAACGACUUACCUGCAGGGCCAGCUGGGCAACCCGAAAGGCGCCGAUCAGCCGAACAAGAAAUACUACGAUCCACGCGUAUGGCUGCGCGCAGCGCAGACCAGCAUGGUGACGCGUCUGGAGCAGGCCUUCAAAGAUCUGAACGCGGUAGACGUUCUGUAA